UUGAUUUUACAUACAGCAGGAUUUACAAGUUUGAAAAAUUUCACCAAUAUAAUGACACCUUGAAUACAAAAAGUUCUAUAAGCUGACGUAGAUCACAGAUUUAACUUAACCAGUGAUGCUUCUACAUGCAGAAGACAUGAACCAAAUUGAGAAAGCCACGUUACAGAACUGUCGUAAUUGUCUACUGGAAGAUCUAGAUCCUACUAUGUCAUUUUUAUCUCUACUGUACUGUUCUAGGAUAAUAACAGAGGAUCAGAAAGACAGGGUUGAGAACCAAAGGACAAGGCAAGAUAAAGUCAUAACACUAUUAGAUAUUCUACCUCGACGAGGUCCAAGGGCCUUCCGUAAAUUUAUAGAUGUUCUAGAAACAGACUAUAAUUGGAUAAAAGAGAGAUUAGAAGAUGAAUUACAAGCUCAGGAAUAUCAAAAAAGAAUACUCGAUGCUAUCGAUGACAGAAUGAAACAAAAUGGAGAAUUUAUCCGUGACAAAGAUUACAUAGACAAGAUAGUCAGGGAAACAAUUUUACCAUUUCUUCUUCAAGAAUUACGUACAUCACCCUCAAGUAGCCCCUCAAAUAAAAUAGAUCAACCUCUUAAGGAUGUUAUAACCAAUCAUUUGAUUCCCUUACUUGGAGGAUCUUUAUCUAAGAAUAAACUUGAGGCCAAUCAAGAGGUUUUGAUGGAAAAAGCUGUUGAAAUAAUUGAUCAAUUACGUGAAAAGUGUUGUGACACUUUAGGAAUAUCAAGUGAGUCUUGUCAAGAUGAAACCCUACCUGCUUUGAUUGAGAGAAGAAUGAUCGAGCUUAAAACAGAGAUAACACUUUUACGUAAAGAAAAUAAAAAAUCUAAAAAGGCUGAAGAAAAAUUAACAACAGAAAAUCAAAAACUGAAAUCUGAUAACACAACACUGAAGUCAGACCUAAAAAAGUUAAAAUCAGAUUCACAAGGAUCAAGGAACGAAUUAAAGAAAUUAAAAGACGAAAAUCAGAAAUACAAAACAGAAAAUACAAAACUCAAACAAGAAGUAAAAUCUUUAAAAGAAACUUUAAAUGAUGCUGGAGUGGACUUGUUGAUCUCUUCAGAUUUCUGUGGAAGCUAACAUUCAAAGAUCUCUACAGAUUUCUGUGGAAACUAACAUUAAAAGAUAUCUACAGAUUUCUGUGGAAACUAACAUUAAAAGAUAUCUACGGAUUUCUGUGGAAACUAACAUUAAAAGAUAUCUACAGAUUUCUGUGGAAACUAACAUUCAAAGAUCUCUACAGAUUUCUGUGGAAACUAACAUUAAAAGAUAUCUACAGAUUUCUGUGGAAAAUAACAUUAAAAGAUAUCUACAGAUUUCUGUGGAAGUCGCAUUCAACAAUCUCUAGGGAUUUCUGUGGAAGCUAACAUUCAUAAAUCUCUAUGAAAUUCUGUGGAAACUAGUAAUCCAUCAAUUCUACAAGUUUCUGUAGAAGUUAGCAACCAACACUUUUUACAGAUUUCUUUGAAAGCUAGCAUUCAACAAUCUCUAAAGAUUUCUUUGGAGGCUAGCAUACAACAAUCUCUUAAGAUUUCUUUGAAAGCUAGCAUUCAAAGACCUCUUCAGACAUCUGUGGACACUAGCAUUCAAAGAUCCUUCAAAAUUCAGAUUUCUGUGGAAGCUAGCAGUCAAUGACCUUUACAUAUUUCUCUUAAAGCUAAAAUUCAAUGAUCUUUCAAAUUUCUGUGGAAGCUGGCAGUCAAAAGACCUCUAUCUCUACAGAUUUCUGUGGAACCUACCAUUCAAGGAUAUCUACAGAUUUCUAUAUGGAAGUUAAUCCAGCUUUCAACCAUCUUAACAGAUUCCUCUGAAAGCUAGCAUUGUCAUUCAAUAUUUGUUUCUUACCAGAUGAGCUGCAUCGGAUAGAAAUCAACCUUAUGCAAAUGAAUAUCAAUAAAUCUGUAUACUUAUUUCUGGUUGAAAAAAUCUCUACGGAAAGCCUGUAACUGUAUGAAAAUUGAGUUGUUAUAAGAACCCUACAAAACAGUAUUUCGCAUUUGAAUGUUCCAAAAUCAAUCAAAGUCUUAUACAUGUACACAUAUAUGUGUACUUACAUAAGGUCGAUUUUUAUCCAAUGCAGCCCAUAUCAUAUAUGUAUAUGCCAAUAAUGUUGUGCCAAAUAUUGCAUUUAAAUCAAAAUGUAUUUAUAAUCAAGAUUUUAUAAAGUUUGUUUUUUUA